GGCAGCAACAGCGGGGAAGGAGAAGUCAAGACGUCUGGAACGAAUUACCCCAUCCUGGCUUCGAGCAGCCCAUUGAGCCAGGGACCCAAACCAGCCCCACCACACUCUUCUCUCGAUUCUACGCUUCCUGGCUUCUGCCGACCCUUCGCCCGGCUUUUUAAUUUUUUUUAAUACAAAAACCCGGAGAUUUUCCGUUAUCUGGAGGAAAGGGAUUGAAACAGCAGCAACCAAAAAAAAAAUUAUUUUUAAAGCAGGGGUCAUUUUCUUUUUGAAAGAAUUAGAAGACUGCAGUGCCACGAAAGAUAAUAAAUAUUGGUGAAAUUCUCCCUCUCCGGUGGGGAAGCACCCAGUCGUUAAGUCUCCUCCAUCGUUUUUAAAUGUUGUUUUUAGCUUUCUUGUUUUUUCUGGCCGGGCGCCUUAAAUUCAUCUGAUCUUUUUUUAUUACCUCAAUUUUGGACGCUGUCUGCCCCCACCGACCCUCCGGGACCACACAGACAGGCUGAGGACGAAUUUAUGACCGAAAGCUGAACAAGAUGCAUUGUGAGAGGUUUAUAUGCAUCCUGAGAAUAAUUGGAACCACACUUUUUGGAGUCUCUCUCCUUUUGGGAAUCACAGCUGCUUAUAUUGUUGGCUACCAGUUUAUCCAAACGGAUAAUUAUUAUUUCUCCUUUGGACUGUAUGGUGCCUUUUUAGCAUCCCACCUCAUCAUCCAAAGCCUGUUUGCCUUUUUGGAGCAUCGAAAAAUGAAAAAAUCCCUAGAAACCCCCAUUAAGCUGAACAAAACAGUUGCUCUUUGCAUCGCUGCCUAUCAAGAAGACCCAGACUACUUAAGGAAAUGUUUACAAUCUGUGAAAAGGCUGACCUACCCUGGGAUUAAGGUUGUCAUGGUCAUUGAUGGGAACUCCGAAGAUGAUGUUUACAUGAUGGACAUCUUCAGUGAAAUCAUGGGCAGGGAAACAUCAGCCACUUACAUCUGGAAGAACAACUUCCACGAAAAGGGGCCUGGGGAGACGGAUGAGUCACAUAAAGAAAGCUCUCAACAUGUAACCCAGUUGGUCCUGUCCAACAAAAGUGUGUGCAUCAUGCAGAAGUGGGGUGGAAAAAGAGAAGUCAUGUAUACAGCCUUCAGAGCAUUGGGACGAAGUGUGGAUUAUGUGCAGGUUUGUGAUUCAGAUACCAUGCUUGACCCUGCUUCUUCUGUGGAGAUGGUCAAAGUUUUGGAAGAAGAUCCCAUGGUUGGAGGUGUUGGGGGAGAUGUCCAGAUUUUAAACAAGUAUGAUUCCUGGAUCUCCUUCCUCAGCAGUGUGAGAUACUGGAUGGCUUUUAAUAUAGAAAGGGCUUGUCAGUCUUAUUUUGGGUGUGUUCAGUGCAUUAGUGGACCUCUGGGAAUGUACAGGAACUCCUUACUGCAUGAGUUUGUGGAAGACUGGUACAAUCAGGAAUUUAUGGGCAACCAGUGUAGCUUUGGCGAUGACAGGCAUCUGACAAACCGGGUGCUGAGUCUGGGCUAUGCAACAAAAUACACAGCUCGAUCCAAGUGCCUUACUGAAACGCCUAUAGAAUAUCUCAGAUGGUUGAACCAGCAGACCCGUUGGAGCAAGUCCUACUUCCGAGAGUGGCUGUAUAAUGCAAUGUGGUUUCAUAAACAUCACUUGUGGAUGACCUAUGAAGCAGUUAUCACUGGAUUCUUCCCAUUCUUUCUAAUUGCCACAGUAAUCCAGCUCUUCUACCGUGGUAAAAUUUGGAACAUCCUCCUCUUCUUGUUAACUGUCCAGCUAGUCGGUCUCAUAAAAUCAUCUUUUGCCAGUUGCCUUAGAGGAAAUAUCGUCAUGGUCUUCAUGUCCCUCUACUCAGUGUUAUACAUGUCAAGUUUACUUCCCGCCAAGAUGUUUGCAAUUGCCACAAUAAACAAAGCUGGGUGGGGCACAUCUGGAAGGAAAACCAUUGUUGUUAAUUUCAUAGGACUCAUUCCAGUAUCAGUUUGGUUUACAAUUCUCCUGGGUGGUGUGAUUUUCACCAUUUAUAAGGAAUCUAAAAAGCCAUUUUCAGAAUCCAAACAGACAGUUUUGAUUGUUGGAACGUUGGUCUAUGCAUGCUAUUGGGUCAUGCUCUUGACGCUGUAUGUGGUUCUCAUCAAUAAGUGUGGUCGGCGGAAGAAGGGACAACAGUAUGACAUGGUGCUUGACGUAUGAUCUUGCAUUGAUGGAUAUUUGCAAUCACAAGCGCAGACACACACAACACCUUAGUUCCUCAAGGGGCUGAACAAUUCGGUGGCAUUAGAUGAUGCCACCAAAGGAGACGUAUCAGUGCUGCUGGGACUUGAACAAAGACAUUUCUAUGGGUUUAUUUUGAUUCUGCCAAAGUAAAAUGAGACAACGAGAGGAAGAAACUCAGAUUUAACCUGUUAUUUCUAUGAAAAUGGGAGGAAUUGUUUGUUUAUGCACUUUUUCCCUACGGUGCAUCCACCUGACAGUGUUUUGCUCUAUAUACCUCACUAGCCAUGCUUUAGGUGGGUUAUCAUGGAAGAAAAGGAUUUUGGAAACUCAAGGAAAUGUUCUUUCAACCUAUACAGCCUAACUUAUGAACAGUUAUGAUUGCUAAUAUUUUAGGAAGUGUUUUCUCUUUUAACUCUACCAAAUGAAAUGCCAAAGGAAAUUACAAAGGCUGUUGGCUGUGCUGUAUUUUGAUAUGAUAGUACUGUGUUUUAAAUUUUUGUAUACCAAUUUUUAAAACAAAUUUUGCAUAUUCUAUAUUUUACUUCUCUUCCAAAAUACACCUGAUCUUCAUUUUUUAAUAAAAUAGAUUCUGAAAAAAAAUCAUACUUAAAAAAACCUGCCCAAAAUGUGAAGCUUGGUUGACUGAUUUUCAUAAUAGAAAGAAUAAAAUGUUUCUCUCUCUCUACCUUUUAAAAUGGAAUAGUUUAUUUCUGUGAAAAAGUAUUUAAACUUCCAAUAUUUUUGACUUUUGAUUUUUCAGUUCUUUUUGAAAAGGACCAUGUACCUGUCACAAUUUGGGAGUGAAAAUACACACUUGCAUGUGUGCAAAACAAUGUCAUUGAAAAUCAAGGCCAAAGGGGUAGAAGAGUGCAAUUUUUUCCUAAGUUGGAAACACAGGAAUGCUAGUCCCCAAGAGACAAUGCUGGACAUGCAGCACUGGGGAAUCCUUGGAUAAUCUGUGAAGAUUCUGGCAGUGAUUUUCCAAAGGGAAAUGGAAGUCGAAAACUUAUCUGUAUAGUUUGGACAAACACAGUGUAGGUCAUUAUAAGUUUCAUUCUCUGGCCUGAAUUCACUGAAUCCCAUCAUAUAUUGAACAUGUUUCACCUGUUUUUUUUUUUUUCUGUUGUUCUUCAACUUGAUUGUUUACAUGUUUAUGUGUUAUUUACAUGAAUGAAUUAGAUACCUUAUAAUAUAAAGAUAAAACACAGCUUCAAAAUGGUCAGUUUCAAGCUCCAAAUGUUCUCUUUUACUUUCAAGGAGUUUUACAUCCAAAAUUAUACAGAUAAUUUUUCAUUAUUCUUGGCCUCCACAAAAAUGUCUACACACUAGAAAAAUAUCAAAGCUAAGCAAACAUGUCAAGAAAAUGAACAAAUCAGAUACUCUGAAUAUUAAAUCAUCAUCCAGCAUGACUUUGUAAAUGUUUGCUCUUGUAGCUGGUGUUGUGUAGACCUGUGUUGCAAGCAACCAUCCCAGUGCAUGGAUAGUUCCAAAGCAUUGCUCUGAAGCAGAGACACAUGUUGCAAUGUUCAACUGUGGGUUUCCUUCCGUCUGCUUCCUUCCCAUGUAGACAUCUGUGUUACAACCAUCCUGCCUAAGAAAAAGCUGCACAUUCUACCUUCAGAGAACACCCAGGGUACAUAGGAUCCUUAGACUCACAGAAUGGAGAGCUUGUGGGAAACAAACAUACCAUGCCAAUAAGACUAAAACUUGACUUUGACUUUUUAACUAUUUAUGUUCUAAGUUAAGCUUUGAUAACAUUCAAAUGUCAAAAUCUCUCAUUCUUAUAAAAUUG